AUGAUUAAGUUAAUACAGAGGCGUCAGGAGCCUUCCUCCCAUGAAGCGUGCGAGAGACUAACUUGGUUGCCUUUUGCAGACGUGAGCGAGGGCGGGUGUGAGGACGGCGACAGCGAGGGCGUGUGCGAGGCGCCCCCAGCCUGCCACCCCGCCACCGACCCGCCGCCACCGCCGCCCUUCAGUCCGCCGCCGCCGCGCCCGCAAGCCAUGGAGGGCCGAGCCGCAGCCGCAGCCACCAAGCUGGGCCGCAUGUCGCCCUCCGUCUACGUGGGCGGAGGCACACUGGGCCGGGUCAGCCCGGGCCAUGACCUCGGCUACCACACGCUCGUCACCCGGCAGACGCCCACGCCCACCCGCGACCGCACGACGCCCUCGCCCUGGUCCGACGUCAGAGCCUCGCCCUUCCCCGCGCUCGACCUGUCGGCGCUGUCCUCUUGCCCGCGGUCAUCGCCGCGCCCACAGCUGCCGCAGGUGCCGCCGCAGCAGGGCCAGACCACGCCGCAGCCGCAGCCGCAGCUGGAGACCACGGACCAGCUGCUGGCCACGUACAAGGGCAAGCGCGUGGCGCGGUCGUCGCCGUUCGACAAGCUGAGCGACGAGCUGGUGGUGCGCAUCCUGUCCUUCCUGCCGACCAACGCCGUGUGCCAGUGCGCGCGCGUGUGCCGCAGGUGGUACGUGCUGGCGUGGGACCCGCGGCUGUGGGCCACCAUCACGCUCACCAGCGACGCCAUCCACGCCGACAGGGCCAUCAAGCAGAUCACCAGACUGCUCGCCAGGGACUCCGGCGGCUGCGUCCACGUCGAGAAGGUGAUCCUCAACAGCUGCUCCCGCCUGACGGACCGCGGGCUGUCGCUGAUCGGGCGCCGCUGCCCCGAGCUGCGUCAUCUGGAAAUCAAAGGGUGCGUCAACGUCACCAACAUCGGGAUCUUCGAGCUGGUCACGCAGUGCGUUAAUCUCGACCACUUAGACGUCACCGGUUGCCACCAGAUCACCUGCAUCCACCUGACCCAGCAGGGCAACGUGGAGCCCGAGCCUAUGCAUUCCCGACAGCUUUACCUCCAGUACCUCGACAUGACGGACUGCUACGCCCUCGAGGACCAGGGCCUCAAGGUCAUCGUCAAGAACUGUCCACAGCUCCUCCACCUAUACCUCAGGAGAUGUAUUAAUAUCACAGACGCGGGGGUGAAGCACAUGGCCAGCUACUGCCUGAUGUUGCGGGAGGUCAGCGUGUCCGACUGCGUCCAGAUCACGGACUUCGGCAUGUACGAGCUGGCCAAGCUGGGCCCCAACCUGCGCUACCUGAGCGUGGCCAAGUGCGACCAGAUCAGCGACGCGGGCAUUAAGCAGAUCGCCCGCCACUGCUACAAGCUGCGCUACCUCAACGUGCGGGGCUGCGAGGCUGUGAGCGAUGACUCCAUGGAGAUGGUGGCCCGGUCGUGCCCGAGGCUGCGGGCGCUGGACAUCGGCAAGUGCGACGUCACCGACAACGGCAUGAAGCUCAUCUCGGAGCACUGUCCGAACCUAAAGAAGCUCUCGGUUAAAUCCUGCGACAUGAUCACCGACCGCGGCGUGCAGUAUAUCGCUUACUAUUGCCGCGGCCUUCAGCAGCUCAAUAUUCAGGACUGCCAAGUGACUAUUGAUGGCUACAGGACAGUCAAGAAGCACUGCCGACGAUGUAUCAUAGAACAUACUAACCCCGGCUUCUUUUAGUGGUGUGCGCGCUCGUGCGUCAGUGUUCCCCAGUGUCGUGCCAGUGAUUAGAAAAAUCAUACCAGUGCCAAAUAAUGUGAGCCCUUGUCACUUCGGCCCACUAACAAGACCCGCGACCUGCGGCGGCUGAGCUCGGUGCCAGCGUGCCAUGCAGCGAAUGCAAGUGCCAACUCACCUGUGCCAAGUUGACAGUGCCAAAGUGGUGAGGUGACUCCCUUAAGCAUCAACGUACUCACUCCUCUGUGUACCAAAGUAAUGCUACUGUCGUGCAGUGUACAGUGUCAGAUGUUGCUUUGUAGUAUGUACAGUCCUCCCAGCAGUAGUGCCAGUUCUCUCGUACGUUCUGUACCCUUUUUGCCUUACGUUCUGUGAUUAUAGACCCGAGAAUCCCUGGCUCCACACGUGAGCCCCGAGGCGGUCUGUCCUCCGCGCGCAAGGCUCGUUGGGCGCGAUCUUUUGCCCGGAUUUCGUGACCUUCUCCCCCACAAUGGCGACGUGAACUCGGAAGCCGGAAGCGCCUGCCUGCUGCGCCCUGCUCCCGCGGCGGCGACGCGAGCGAGCGUGCGGCUGAGCGCGUCACCAGAGCGCCCCAGAGACCCCGUGGCAAGGGUUUCUGACACGGCUUUUAGGCAAGCCCCGCACGACCAGUAUGGAGACUGCGUGAGUCUUCUCUGUCACCUGGAGUGCGCACGGUGCCACGAAGAGCGUCGACAAGCAUGUACAAAGCCAGUUCGUGUCCGAGGCACUGUGAAUAGUGCCAAAUGCCUUUACAGAGUGACUUCAUAGUGUAGAGGGCAGUCACACUGUUGUAACGUGUACGAUGCGGAAGUGUGGAAUUCAGAAUCAUGUUUUUCAUCAGAGGAGUGACUGAGUGAGCUGAUUGGUUGAGCGCAAAGUUCGGACUGUGACCAGCCUGUCGCUCUUGCAAUACCACGUGAUCAGGGACUGAAUUCUAGACCUAAUUAAUGAGGUGUCCUUCAGCAGUGUUGACGAAAGGAGCUGUAGAGGUGUAGUUUUGCCUCCAUAAUGUUCUAGAAUUUAUGGCGUUCUUCAGACCUGUAAAAUAUAUAUUUGUACAUUUUCUACAUAAUGACCUGUGUUGCUAUCCGUCUAGAGAUGAUAUCUAUGAUGCCACACACAAUAUGAACUCGCAAAAUUGCUAGUUAGGAAUAAAACCAAAAAUUACCAGAAGAAAAGGUCCAUGGCAACUUCGACCUCCUGAAAGUGCCAUGCAAGUGUUGCCACGAGGUGCUUCUCGAAGAUAACACGCCGUGAAACAUGGCAUCUGUUUCAGAAUAGAAUUCCUGCAUCACACAGCGUGAUUGAACAAAUACAUCUCUGCAGUUACCGUACGCCAUAAUCUCCACGUCUACGGCUUUUAUUUCUGUUAAUCUCUCUCUCUCUCUCUCUCUCUCUCUCUCUCUCUCUCUCUCUCUCUCUCUCUC